AUGGAAGGCGUGUACAAGGAUAGCGACGACGGUGAGGUUAGUGCAAAGGGAGAUGAGCGAGUGUGGCGAUUACAAGGGCGAGAUGUCAUCGGUUGGCAAGACCGGUUGAAGAGCGUACAGCCGGUGAGCGGCCCUGCUGGAGGGUGGCUACAGCUGCACUAUCGCAAGUGGCGGAGACGAAGGACUAGUGGAAAGAGCGGUCACUGUGAGACAUGUGCCGACGAGAGUACUGUCGAAGGCGUGAGCUGCGAAGCAAUCCGUCACAAGAAGAGCGCGAUUGUCGGUCUGGAGAUAGCGUAG